AUGUAUUUAUUAUGUAUCUUAUUGUCUAUUAUAUUUUUUUCUACACCUACCUGUAAUAGUAAAAAAAAAAAAAUAAAUUUAAAUUAUGAGGAGGAGAAUGAAAACUUUUUAAAUUGUGGUAAAAAACAAUCUAAAUUUGGUAAUAAAGAUUGUAAAGUAAAUGAAGAUAGUAAAGAAAAUAAUAAUGUUGUUAAGGUACAAAAUGAUAAAAAUAAGUGUGAAAAUGGUUUGGUGAAAAAUAAUUUAAAUAAAAGUAAUCAAUGUACUUUACCAAAUCAAAAUAAUAAUGAUAUAAAAACAAAUGUAAAUAAAAAGGAUAAAAAAAAUGAAAAACUUAGUAAAAAAAAUCCUCUUUUAGCUAGUAUAAAAAGUAUGAAAGAUAAAUUUACUAUAAAAGAUGGAACUAAGAAUGAAAGUACAAUUUUUAAAUCAGAAAAAAAGGUGAAAAAAAUUAGUGGUGGUAAUGAUAAGACAAAAAAUGAGAAUAUUGAUAAAACACAGAUAACUGAAGCAACAAGUGAUUUUGAGGAUUCGCAAAAGUUAUUUGAUGAUCGUGUAAAACUAGUUAAGGAUGAAAUAGACAAAGAAGAAAAUAAACAAAAUGCUUUAAAAAACAACAAUAAUAAAUUUUUUAUUGAGGAAAAUAUUGAAGUUUGGGCAUGUAAUUCACUUUCAAAUAGUUCAUCUGUCAUUAAAUUUUAA